AUACAGGUUAUCAGAGAGUCAAGUGCAAAGAAAAUAAAUUAUUUAAAGAUUUCUCUAUUUUCUGAUUUCAAGGACACCAGUAAGUAUCAGGUAAUACUAUGGUAUAUAAGUCCUUAAAACAUCGCAUUGAAUUCGUAUUUGUGUCUUGCUGAGAAAAGGUGUUACGAACCACAUCAAAAGAUGAAGGUCCUCGUGGUGCUGGUAGCCGUUCUGGGCUUCACGUAUGGAGCCUCCGUCGCAAGCGACACCAACAGCACACUGCAGGCCGACUUCGACGCAAUCAUCUCCACCAUCCCGAUCAAGAACGUGACGAAUCUGGUCCUCAACUAUGUGGCCAACGACAAGGAGGCGCAGGAUUUCAUCAGCUGGAUUUCCGGCGCCAAGUUCGCCGUCAUCUGGAAGGCCAUCUUCAACUCGUCCGAGGUCAAAGAGCUGAUGGCCUGGGCUUACGCGCACGGCGUGCCGAUCUACAAGGACAUCAACAAGUUCGCCGACCUGAUAAGCAUGGAUCACGUGUCGCCGCGCGCGGGGUCCACCCUCGGGGGCGUGGCCAGCUUCCUGGACGAGCUCUUCGCCAUGGUCAACCCGCAGCAGCUGAUCGCCAACAUCAAGAAGCAGGUGGCCGCCAGCGCCGACUUCAAGGAGUUCUACGACCGCCUCAGCAGCGAGCAGUUCCACGCAUUUGUUCACAAGAUCUACAGGAUGAAGGAGCUUCAAGACCAAUUAACGGUGCUGAAAAUACGAAACGUCCCUGUGGAAAAGAUCGUCACCGAAAUCGCAAAUGUUUUGGGAUGGAAAAACCUCUGAAAUGAAAGACGUCAAAACUAAACAGCGCUUAAAUCAUUUUACUUGUGUUUGUGAAACUUGUCAAACAAAAUUUACCGUGAUUUUGUGUCAGCAUAAAAAAUGGAGGGAAUAAAAUAAUCCCGCAAACAAAA